GUAAAUGACCAUGUUUGGUAAUUUAAAUACAUUUUAAGUCCUAUUUCAAAAAUAAAAACAUGGAAGUCCUAUUUUGAUAUAUUUUCAAUGUUUUAGUCAUACUUUGAUCUUUCUUCCAAAAAAUUUCUCACUUGAGAAAAGAAACAAAAUGAGGAAGUUGCAUUUCCUCUACCUCAUUUCUAUGCUUCCCCACUUCUUUUCCAAAUGGAUGCAUCUUUUAUCUGCUUCUUUUGUUGAGAAAAUAGUUACAGAAUCAUUUUCUUAUCUCAUCCAAACAAAAGAGUCAUUUUUUUUCUUGUCCUUUCUCCCCAUUUUAUUUCAAGCCAAACAAUAGUGUAGUGACGCUCAAUGGUUCUCCAGAAGCGCAUAAUUUGCGAUUUCCAAAUCUUGACGGCCCGCUCAACUCCGACGGACUGGAGGACGGGCCGUAUCGUUAAAAAACAAGAAUCGACCGCAGCAGAAUAUAUAGGUUUCCCGGAUCCAUUCCGGAGCUCCUGAUUCCCCGAUCCGGCGGCUUCUUCCCUCAAUCCCUCCUCCGUCGUGGACGCCUUUUCCGAAUUGCAGAAAACCACAAUCCUUUCGCACCGGCCUUUGCAUAUACUAACAUUUGAUACAUUGAGGGAGAGAAAGCGAGAGAAGGAUGUCUCUGACGAGUGUGAAGGUGACGGAGGAAGUAUGGCUAACUUGCCUGACUCAUGCAUUGUCUACAGAGACGGAAGAAAUCAUGGGCCUACUUCUCGGAGACAUACAGCAAUCAAAAAAUGGUAGUGUAACAGCACUUGUUUGGGGAGCAUUGCCACAACCACGUUCUGAUCGCCGGAAGGACCGGGUAGAGACUAACCCCGAGCAGUUGACUGCUGCAUCUGUUCAAGCUGAGAUAUCCUUCAUAUUAAUGACUGUGGCAACAGGCAGAACAACAAGAGUGAUUGGCUGGUACCACUCACAUCCUCAUAUUACAGUCCUUCCUUCACACGUUGAUGUCCGCACCCAAGCAAUGUAUCAACUUCUGGAUUCUGGAUUUAUCGGAUUGAUAUUUUCGUGUUUUAGUGAAGAUGCACACAAGGUUGGAAGAAUUCAGGUUAUUGCAUUUCAGUCCUUGGAUGGAAAACAAAGUCAUGCUUUGAAACCAGUUCCUCUUUCCCCUGUACAUAAAAAUUCCAUAAUAGAUAUUGAAUCAUCUCCAAGUUCCUCAGAGACAUCAGCAAGAGCUUCCACUAGAGGAGAUAGUCUUGAGCAAGACACUGGUGAUUCAAAAGCAAUUAUUUCAACUUCUAAGGCCUUGGUAAGAACCUCAGACUUGGGGGGUUUCUUUGCUAAUGUUGAAGCCAAGACAGGAGAAAGCUUGCAUACUAACCAAUCCAGUAGUGCAACUAUUGGGAUAGAUCACAUGGAUAUGUCAGAAAGUAUGCAAGAAGCAAUGCACUUGUCAAAUAUGGAGAUGAGUGGUGCAGAGUUUGUCAGGAAGGAAAUUCCUCUUCUUGUUAUGCCAUCCUCAUCGCUUCUAAAUCUUGAUGCACCUUUGAGUUCAUUUACCGAUCUGCAACGUGUACUAUAUGAAGAGGAACAGACUGCAUAUAAUCAAGCAGUUGCACAGAACAUGAGGAGUGGGAAAGUGCAUCCUCUAACUUUCAUUCAUCAUACUUCCACGUAUCAGGCUUCCAUGUGCAAAUUGAUGGAAUAUUGCUUAAGCCCCGCCAUCAGUGCACUCCAGGACCGCUUGAGAGAGAAUGAAAUUCAGCUAAAGAUGCUAGCUAAUGAAGCCAAAGCGUUGGAGUCAGAGAGUAAGAGGUCAGAGCCUUCAGUUUCUCCUUGCAGGGGCAGUCCUUCGUCACGCCACAGGGACUUGUAUCCUCCUCCUGCUGAUCUAAACAACAACCCAAGCCGGGAGGGCAGAAAAGGAUCCUAAUCGUAAUGAUCAAAGAUUAGGAUCUUUUAAUGUGAAAUGUAUCGUAAGUAAUGCGUAAUUGCACUCUUUUUUCCUCUAGAUCCAUUUCCUUUUAUUGAAAUGUAAUUUUUUGGAUAUGAUGGGGAAAAACUGCAUUUUGUCAAUACCUAUAGUCUGGAGUGACCCACUGCUCUUUUCCACAGCUUAAUGUUUGGUGACAAAGGGGAAAUCUGAGGGAGAGAAAUAGUAGAAAAUUUUCUUUUCUUGGGUGAAAAUGAGAGAUGGUUUCUGCAUUUAAUAAUCAUAUAUUUCUACUUGUGCUCAUUUCUUUGGGUAAACUAUAAACACGAUCUACAUAU